AUGACAGACAAAGCUAAUUCACGAGAAGAGUCGAUGCUCUCUGAUACGAUUCCACCCAGCGCUGCGAUAUCGAAUAUUAACUCCAAAGUGCCGUCACCGAAAGGCGGUAGCGCAGAUAGCGCAGACAGCGCACAGAUUUCCGCUGACGAGGACAAAGAUGAGCUCCAAGACCAAGACGAUGACGACGAAGAGGAAUUGGACGAGGAGUACGACAGUGAUGGCCAAGUGAUCAAGUCAAUCGCCCCGGCACCCGCUCAUGCACCCGCUAAAGAUAACAAACGUCCAGCGCGUAAAUCCAAACACAAGGUUAAGAAGGAUGAGAUUGAAAAGUCCAAGAAUAUCGAUUCUGUUAAGCGUUUCUCGUAUUUGAUUGGUCAGACUGAUCUAUUUAAACACUUUAUUGAUCGCAGAAAAGAACGCGAUCCAGCUUUCAGGGCUAUGAUUGAGCAGUCUGAAGUCCAAACAGGGAAAAAGAAGGCAAAAAAGAAUCAGAGCAGGAGAAAGACUGAAAAGGAGGAAGACGAGGAGUUGUUGCAGGAUGAAGAGGAUGAGCCGUUUGCCUUCACAGAGACACCGGCGUUCAUCCAGAAUUGUACAAUGCGUGAUUACCAGGUUCAGGGUUUGAAUUGGAUGAUUGGAUUGCAUCACAAUGGUAUCAACGGUAUUCUUGCAGAUGAAAUGGGUCUCGGUAAAACACUUCAAACAAUAUCAUUCCUAGCCUUCCUCAAACACUUCAAAGACAUAUCAGGAUACCACCUUGUCUGUGUACCUAAAUCAACACUUGACAACUGGGCAAGAGAGUUUUCUAAGUGGUGCCCAGAUUUCAAGGUCGUUGUACUUCAAGGCACUAAGGAAGAGCGCGAGAAACUCGUCAAGGAGCAUAUCUUGCCUGGAGAUUUCGACGUUCUCAUUUCGUCGUAUGAGAUCUGUCUUCGUGAGAAGUCAGCUAUUAAGAGACUCAGUUGGGAGUACAUCAUCAUCGAUGAGGCUCACCGUAUCAAAAAUGCCAACUCUUUGCUUUCGCAGAUAGUCAGAAUUUUCAACUCUCGCAAUCGCCUUCUCAUUACCGGUACACCUCUUCAAAAUAACCUUAUGGAGCUCUGGGCUUUGCUAAAUUUCUUGCUUCCGGAUGUCUUUUCCUCUUCGGAAGACUUUGAUGCUUGGUUCACCAACAACCAGGAAGGUGGUAACAGUGACGAAGUUGUCAAGCAAUUGCACAAAGUCUUGAGACCAUUCUUGCUCCGUAGAGUUAAAGCUGAUGUUGAGAAAUCUCUCUUACCAAAGAAGGAAAUCAAUUUGUACGUAGGCUUGACUGACAUGCAAAGGAAGUGGUACAAGGGUAUUAUCGAGAAGGACAUUGAUUUGGUUAAUGGUAUGGGAUCUAGUAAGAAAGAGGGCAAGACAAGACUCCUCAACAUUGUCAUGCAAUUGCGCAAAUGCUGCAAUCAUCCUUAUCUCUUCGAUGGUGCAGAGCCAGGUCCACCAUACACAACCGACGAACAUCUCGUAUUUAACUCUGGAAAGAUGCUCAUUCUCGAUAAGCUCCUCAAGUCAAUGAAGGCGAAGGGAUCCAGAGUUCUCAUUUUCUCUCAAAUGUCGAGAGUUUUGGACAUUCUUGAGGACUAUUGUAUGUUCAGAGACUACCAGUAUUGCAGAAUUGACGGUCAAACUUCUCACGAUGAUCGUAUCUCUGCCAUCGAUGAAUACAACAAGGAAGGAUCGGAGAAAUAUAUUUUCUUGCUUACCACUAGAGCUGGUGGAUUAGGUAUUACGCUCAACACGGCUGACAUUGUCGUGCUUUACGACAGUGACUGGAACCCUCAAGCGGAUUUACAAGCUAUGGAUAGAGCACACAGAAUAGGGCAAAAGAAGCAGGUGUUUGUGUUUAGAUUUGUGACAGAAGAUGCAGUCGAAGAGCGUAUUUUAGAGCGUGCUGCACAAAAGUUGCGUCUUGACCAGCUUGUAAUUCAGCAAGGUCGUCAAACACAACAGAAGAAUGCAGGCAAGGAUGAGUUGACAGACAUGAUUCAACAUGGUGCUGAAAAGAUUAUCAACAAUCAGAAAAGGGAGAUAGUUGACAAUGACAUUGAUGAGAUUAUCAAGACGGGUGAGUCCAAGACGGCAAAUAUGGCAUCCAAGUAUGAAGAUCUCAACCUUGAGGAUCUCAACAAUUUUAAGUCAGAGAUUAACUUUACUGGUGUCAAUCCAAAAGCAAAACAACCACUUUGGAUCGAACCAGGUAAGAGAGAGCGUAAACAAAAUUACUCGAUCGACGAUUACUACAAGGGUGCAAUGAAACCUAAUCCUCAAGGACGAACUCGCUCAAACAAGCCACCACCAGCAACGCACAAAUUCCAAGACUACCACUUUUUCCCAACGAGACUCCUCGAGCUCGCGAGACGGGAUGACAACUAUAAGAAAAAGGAGGAUGGCUGGGAAGCUAUACCGCGCCAUGUGGAUCCUAAGAAGGCGGAAGAAAACCCAGAGCUCGUCGAGCAAGCUAAAGUGGAUGCAAAGAAGGAGCAGGAUGAUAUUGACAGUGCGACGCCGCUCAGUGAAGAAGAAAUUAAAGAUAUGGAAGCUAUGAGCCACCAAGGAUUUACAACCUGGACUCGUAGGGAGUUUCAAGCUGUGGUAAGAGGAAUGGAGCAGCACGGUAGGAAUGACUUGAAGGGAAUAAAAGGCGUCGUUGGAGAUGGAAAGACGGAAGAGGAAGUUAAAGAGUAUCUGGAUGUAUGGUGGAAGCGCUACCCAGAAUUACAAGAUCACCAGAGAAUGAUUCAGCGUAUUGAGGAGGGUGAGAAAACGCUCGAGAGUGUCGCCACCAAGACACGCGCAAUCAAGGCCAAGGUCAACGGGUGUAGAUAUCCGUUGCAGAUGCUGAAUAUUCCUUAUGGUCCGCAACAAAGGGGCAAGCAAUACACAGAAGAUGAGGAUAGAUUCCUACUCGUCAAACUCGCCCAUCAUGGCCUCAGCUCGGACGACACAUACGAUAAAAUCAAGCGGGAUAUAUUGGAGCAUCCAGCGUUUAGAAUGGACUGGUUUUUUAAGUCUAGAACACCAACUGAGAUAUCGAGGAGAUGCCAAACGCUUAUCUCGCUCACACUAAAGGAGGCAGGGCUUUACGAGGGCAAGCACGCCCACCCAUCGGCAUACCCAGCUGACCACAAGGAGGGAGAGUUGAUAGCCAACACUAAUAAGAAGCGUACAAAUCUCUCACUUUCGCCUUCGUCUAAUUCAUCCAAGCGCGCUAAAGCCACACCACCUCAAAUCGGACCAGGAAUGACACCAUCUGUACUCGCUGGACCAUCGCCUCUACCACAAGGAUAUAGUCAGGCGCAAGCAUCGCAAGCAUCUCCACAAUACGAUCACCCACAGGCACAUUCACAGGCACACCCCUCUUUGCCUCCAAUGAGCAUGCCCAAUGUACCAUUCCCAGAUCAGCCUUUUCCACCACCGCCGGAAGGAAAAUAA